CAGUUUUCUGACUCCACUUUUCCAAUGGCUUGGAGAAGACUUGCUGCAAUACCUCGCCUGUCCUUGACAGCUCUUCCUGCAGUGUCCUUGGGCGCCGUCAACAUAGUCAACGUAAAGUGCGUGGCUUGCAGUUCUGCCAGCAAGGAAGAUGAUAAGCCUGCUGACAAGCAAGCUGCUUAUUGGAUAUCUGGAGAAUCGCAGGGCAGCAACAAGAGUUUGCCUUGCAAGUUUGAUUUGUAUGGUGGGGUAGUUGUGGACCCUGAAACGGUUCCAGCAGAACAAGAUGCGUUCCGGUCAGUCCUAGCUUCUUCCCUAGAUGAAUGGAUGAAGCACGGCAAGCGUGGCUCCGCUUGGAUAUCAGCAGAGAGGGACUAUGUCAUGAUGACAAAAUGGCUGCCCUCUAGCUGCCCGAAUACGUUGCCGCACAACGCUAGCCACACAAUUGGAGUAGGUGCCCUUGUGACGAACUCAGAGGGCAAGAUCUUGCUUGUGCGAGAGAAGUCUGGGCCAGCAGCAAAAUCCAAAGCAUGGAAACUUCCAACCGGUCUGGUUGACGCCGGUGAGGACCUUCAUGAAGCUGCCCUUCGAGAAGUCAAAGAGGAAGUUUUUGCAUCGGUAACUUUUCUCAAACAAUGCUGAGUAGCUGGAGACGUUUUUGCAGGAGACAGGCAUCGAUGCUACCUUCGAGUAUUUCGGAGCAUUCACAAUGAGUCAUGGUGGCUUGAUGCCCACUGCCGUCUCAAUAAAUUGCCACAAAUUGUGAAUUUUCUUGCGUUGUUCCUUUUGAGCUUUUGGCACGCCGCCGCUCGUUCGUCAAUCAGACAUGAUGGAAAUGCAUGGCCACAUGGCCCAAUAUUCUCAGCGGGCCCCUUGAGCGCUUGACCGUGUUGCGCCUUUGCACGUGGCAUAAGUAGGCAGCUGAGCGAGCUUUUGGACAUUGCAGCGCUUGUUUCUGCCUGGUCCUUUGGCG